CACUUGCGCUGCCUUCGAAGGAUCUUAAAAAUAACAUGGAAAGAAAGAGUGUGUAAAUCUGAGAUCCUCGCGAGAGAGGGCCUUCCCAGCAUCUUUACGUUCCUCAGGCAAUGCCGCUUGCUCUGGCUCGGACCUGUUCGCCGGAUGGAGUACAAUCGCAUCCCCAAAUUUAUUCUGUACGGGCAACUUGCGUCUGGCUCAGGAAAAACUGGUCUCCCCCACCUCCGUUACGCGGAUGUGAUAAAGCGGAUUUAAAAUCAGUGAACAUUGAUACUGACCAUUGGGAAGACAUAGCCUUAGACCGCACUAGUUGGAGAAAGACGGUGACCAAGACAGCGAGAAAACAUGGGCCUCAGCACCACCACCUUGACCUGCAAUAUAUGUGGACGUGAGUGUCUCUCCAAAAUAGGGCUCCACAGCUAUAUGAAAAAGUGUUCGAGAUGAACCAUAGUCGUUCUACGACUGAAGGAGACCACUAUAUAUAAAUGGCUAUAGACGCUUUUAACUAUUUUCCCACUUCAAUUUGUAAAAUAUCAGGAAGUGGGUGUGUUAAUAAGAAGAAUGUGGAACUCUUCUAUGUUACGAUUUUUUUUUUGUCUGUGCUGGAAGCAAGCGAUUUGUCGACACAUGAAAAAUACUGCGACUGAUAGACGUUUUGUAACCUGUAAAUAAGACUGACACAAGUCUAGCUAUGGCAACUGUUUUUUCGAAUGUUCAGGCGGAUAUUUCUGAUGAAUUAAUCAGCAAAUUUCCCCCAGAAUUCGACUUUGAUGCUUUGUUGAGGAAGAUUUGUGAUUAUGCUGGCGUCUCGAUUGACCCUACAGUUACAAUGGAUAAGACCGACUGUGGGGAAGAUCCAUUGUUACUUCUAAAUAAACCAUUAAAAUAUAGAGUAAAGGGACUGUGGCUUGGUAUGGAGAAGACAUACAGACACUUGGUUAUGGCCCUUAAUUUUUAUGGCACAGGGUUAGCACAAGCUUUUGAGGAUCAAGAAAACAUAAAUCUUGAUGUGUCACCAGAUGAGCAAGAAAUCCUAAAUGAUGAUAAUGGAGCAGUUUAUAACCCUCAAAUGAAAACUAUCCCACAAGAUACCUCUGAAGACAGCAAAAGACAGCGAAGACCUCGUAAAUCACCAAGGCAGAGUAGAAAGUUCAUUGAAGAAAUCACAGAUGUGAAUUUUGGAGAAAAUGGUUUAGAUGAGCAUUUGCUAAAACCCAAAUCUGAAGUGGUAGUUAGUAAUAAUGAAGAAAGAACAUGUGAAGCUCAUUUAGAAGAGAGUGUGGGGGAGGAAUACAAUUCUCUAGAAGAAAAUCUUCAACAAGUUCACACAGAUUGCAAAGAGGAAGUUAAAGAACAACAGAUACGUAAAAGAGGUCGACCCAGAAAGAAUUCAUCACCUUUUCAUUUAACAACUAAAAAGUUGGUGAAAACAAAAAGUUCACAACAGAAGCCAAAGAUUAUCUCAGUUUCUACAGUCAGCGAAAGUGAAAACCACCCUUCUCGUCGGAGAGGUAGGCCAAAAGUUUACAAUGAUGAAGAACAGUCUGAAUUCCCUUGCUCAGAUUGCUCAUUUGUUGCAAAAAAAAGGGCCAAACUCAGGAGCCAUAAGUUACGCAUGCAUUUGGCAUCUCCUACCAAAUGUGACCUUUGCACCAAAGUUUUCCCUAAUAAACGCUACAUGCUGCGGCAUCGUGCAUCUCACGUGGCACCUCAGCAUUGCUGUGAUGUGUGUGGUAAAAUGUACAAAAUCAGAAAAGCCAUGCUGGAGCACAGGAAGACCCAUGACAUGGAGUUUAAGAAGACCAAGAUGAAAUGUGAAACAUGUUCCAAGUCUUUCUGCAACCGCUACAUUCUGGAGUGCCACAUCAGGGACAUACACAUGGGCCAAAAGAAGAGCUACCUGUGCGCCACUUGCGGUAAAAGUUUCACUACCAAACAUUCCCUGGCAGAGCACAAUAAUGCUCACACAGGUGUUAAGCCUCAUGUUUGUGAGCACUGCGGAAAGUCUUUCUCGUACGAGUCUGCACUUAGAGACCACCGUUUCACGCACACAGAUUCAAAACAUUUCUGGUGCACCCACUGCCAGAAAGGGUUUAGCCAAAGGUCGGGGCUUAAGAUGCAUAUGCGGAUUCACAGACAGCACAAAUCAUUUGUGUGUCCUGAGUGUGGAAGGGGUUUCACACAAAAGCAGGCUCUUCAGAGGCAUGAACGGGUUCACAAGGGAGAGAAGCCAUUUGUUUGUAAGCACUGCGGCAGAUUUUUCACAGAUGCUUCUAUCAUAAGAAGACACUUGAUACUUGUUCACAAAAUAAAUAAAGAUUCCAAUCAUUGGAGAGAAGAUAUUGUAUGCACAGUAAAACCUCAGAAUGAUUACCAGGUUAAGAAAGUAGGUGAGGAGGGUCUCUCUGAUGUAGACAAAGAAAAAGAAGAUAUUUUGAAGGUAGUUGCUGCUCAACCACGCUCUAACACAAAAGGUCCUAGCAGGGCAUUUUCCAGAACUUACCCAAGAAGAGUUGCCCUUUUGGAUGAUGAAGGCAAUGUUAUAGCUCCUCCUGAGUUACCUCCAAGGCCAGCUGUCCAGCGCUCAAAGAGUACAGAGUCAAAUGAAUCAAAUGGGCAUUCGAAGGCUCUGGCAGCGGCUGUUAACAAUGCAACCUUAAUUUUAACCAAUGAAAACAGUUCAGAUUUAGAUUCUAGUUCACAGGUCAUGAAUCAGAGGUAUGUAGAGGGAGCUCAGUGGGAUGCUCUGUCAGGUCAGAUUGGCAGAACGUCAACAACUCACCUUGAAAAUAUGAUAUUAGAUGAUACAGCCCAACAUGAAAUUCAGAGGGGUAUUGAGCAUGUGCAGGGAUUACAUAAACUUAUCAAAUAUGAAAGCCUACAGCCGAGUGGAAUUCAGAUGACUAAUCACAAUAUAUUAACCCAACCCUCUCCCCCAAGUCCUAGUUCUAGUCCUAUUUCUUUCACAUCCCAGCCACUGGCUCACUCAAGAGUCAUGGAGACAUCCUUUGAAACUCUACCUCAAGCAGCACACACAGGAAGUCAGUAUUAUGAAGGUCGUACAAGCAGUACUCAGUGGUCAUCAAUGUUCUAUUACUCUCAGUUAGCUAGUCAGUUUGGUAUGAGCAUCAAUGCUGAGUAUCCCUAUGUGAGUGGAAGCUCAGGAGGGGGCAGUACCACGGCUCAUCUGACUCAGUAUUCUGCCCACUCACCGUCUGGUCACCAGACAAGUCCAACAACUCUCAUUCUUCAAUCUCAACCCCACCUCCCUCAAAUUGAGAGUCCGAAGCAGGAUGAGCUUCGUAACAGUUCUAGUCAAAUAAUAAUGAACUCUGGCCUCCACCAAAAUAAUGAGUUAGUACGACAUGUCAACAGCAUGAAGCUGGUCACUGGGGAAACGAUACUGCACCCUACAGACUUGAUUCUUCAGCAUGAGUUACAGAACAGUCCCAGUCAUGGCUUGGGCAGUGUUGAAGCUCACCAUGUGACAACUUUGGAGCAUAUGGGUGUAAGCCUUGCUGACACCCAGUCUAUUUUAGUGCAGCAUGUGAGUGACAGUCGACAGCAGUCACCAGACAUUCCACCCAGAAACACCACUCUCAUACAUUUAAAACACAAAUAGCCUCUCCUUAAAAUGUCUGUUUUGUCACUGUUUUAAUUUUAAGUAUUAAUGGCAUGUAAAGGAUUUUAAGAAAUAUAGAUAGGAAGAUUAAUAUUGAUAACAUCUAGAUGACUUUGCCCAGAAUAAUUCUAUCAAUUCCAAAAUUCUAUUGCAAUUGGUUGAAAUUAAAUGAAUUGAAAACUUUAAUUUUCGGAAUUCUUACUAACUGAGACUUAGAUCCACCCACUCUGUUUGGUGCAUUGAGCAUAGCUCUCUCCACAGAGAUUGGUCCUAAGUGACCUCUACAGCUUCUUCUCAGUUGGUGCCACAUGGAUCUUAGGUAUUCUAAGAAGAUAUGUCCUCAUGUUGUACAUGGUAUUUUUGGAAUAAAAAAAAGUUAUUAGAUAAGAAAUAUAUAAAUAUCAGCCAGAAAGGUCCACAAAGAUGUUCAGGUUUUAAAAAGGUCAAUAUGAGUUCAUGAAGUGACUUGAAUUGGCAUUUUUUUUUUUUUGCUUUUACAUAUGGGUGCAAUGUUUCAGGCAUAAUCCACAUGCAAAACACACAGGCAUUGUUUGUUGUUUUAUAGUUUGCUUUGAACAUGUUAACAUUAUUGAUAUAUGCACAAAUCUAUGCAAUAAUUGUAUAUAGUUGGUAAAUGGUGUGUUCACAAUAAUGUACAUUUUUGUAAUUUCAUAGAUGAUACAUAGAACCAAAAAAAACAACAUGACAUAGUUAUUGAACUGAUGCUUUCAGAAGUAUUUAUAAAAAAAUAUAUAUGUAUAUUUACAUAUGUACACCAAAUGCAGCUAAAUUAUUAACUGCUAAUCUGGAACAGCUGGACAGAAUUUAUAUUAUAAUGUACUGGAUAUUAAAAGCUGUCCCUUUUAUAUGUUUACAUAACUUAUAAAAUCGACAGUGUUCCUUUUUUUCACCCACUUUUAUUGUUACCAAUACAUAACAAAACAACAUAAUGAAUGUUGUCUAAUAUUAACUAAAUUCUUACUCAAAAUGUUUUAGCCCUGAUAUAUUGUUUCUGUUAACCUAAAUAGUCUUUUGGGACCAGUAGUAUUCACUUAUUUUUUUUCAAUAUAAUCAGAUUUUUAAAAUUUAUAUUGUACAAGUCAUUUUUUUUUCUUUCUGUUUAAUAAAGUUGAUAGUAAUAGGUUACUGGCCUGAACUUAGUGUCACAAGUGUUUCAAGUGUCCAUGUGUAGACAUUUUGUUAAUUUAUUAUUAAAGCAAAACCUUGUAUGACUGGCAGUGUCUGGAGCUUUCAAAGAAUUGUGGCUAAAGAGUAUAAAGAAUUGUAUCCAAGCUUUCUAGUUUUAUAUUUGAUAGAAAGUAGUUGUUUUUGUUGAUUAUAGAUCUAGAUUUUAAGUAUUCAACUCUUCGUAUGACAUUUACCUCAGUGGGCAUUAGGAGACUAUUAUUUGGUUUACCGGUAUUGACUAUUUUCUUCUAUGCAAUUGUUGACUAAAGAAAUAUUGUAAAAAAAAAAUUGACAGAGAUCUCUUGGCCAGUAUCACUCAGUGUUUCUAUAAUUUGUUUAAAAUCACCACAACCUGUGUUCUGCAAUUUUCUCUGUGACUAGUUUGAUGGAAUAUAUUUAAAUGAACAAAUAAAAAAACAACAACAGUAAAAUAGCAAACAAAAUUUCUAAAAGCAACAGAAAUUUUUACAAUACACCUUCAUAUAAAAAAAAUGAUCACUGUAUGGGAUUCUGUAACAGUUUUAAAUAUUUUUUUAUCAUUUAGAGCAGUGUUUCCCAAACUUUGCUUUAACGGAACACUUUGUAAAUACUGAGUAUUUAGCAGAACACUUUGCUUAUUUCUUAGAUAGUGGUGGCCUAUUAGUUAAUUAUUCCAGUAGUUUGUGGAACACCUAUUCAGGCCUUGCGGAACACUAGAGUUCUCAGAACAUAGUUCAGGAAACACUAAUGUAGACUUUGGAUGGAGUUGACUUAGCGACUAAAAUGUCCAUAAAUGGUGAGGAGGCUAAAGACAAUAUUUGAACUUAGUCCAUUAACAUUUUAUGAAGUUGAAAAUAGAGGUAAUGAUAAAUAGAUGUAAAUAAAUUUUCUAAGCUAGCUGUAACAGCUAUAAGUUUUAGGUUUGAUUGACAGUAUGCCUACUGUAGGUAAAACUAGCUUAACAGGCAUUCAAUUUCCACCAUUCUUAUAUACAUGUAUAUCACCCAGAUGAUACCAGAUACCUAAACAUUGCAAAAGUAUUUCAUGUUACUUUAUUCUAGGGUUUCAAUUCUAAGUAGAAAUCUCAGUUUCUAUCUAGGAACAUCCUAUCAUUCAGAUAUUUUCCAUCUAAAAAAUAAUGUGUACAUUAUUAAUUUAUUUCAAAAAUUGAACACUCGCCAAAGAAUCAUGUUGUUUUUUUUAAUGUAAUAAAUAUCAGUAUUAUCAACAGAAGCCAGUGAAGUAAGAACUAGAUAAACCCAAAUGUCUGUAUUCUGUACCAGUACUGUUAUUUGUGUGCCUACUUCCUUUACACUUUACAUUAAUAUUGUAUUGGGCCAGCAGGAAUGUAACUUUAUUUUCAAUGUGAUAUCUUAGAAUUGAAAUGUAAUUCUCAGUUCUAACAUGUGGUACUAGCUGUGACUUGUUGCUAGAAAUGAGAAAUGACUCAAGUGUUAUGGGUGGGUGGGUGGCUAAAAGAAGAGGUAUUGUUAAUGGAAUUAAUAGAAUGAUCUUUAGAAAUCCUUGUUAAAUUGUGCUUGAAAUUAAUGUUGCUGCUGAUCAGUGUGUUCAGUGAUUGGUCUUUUUAUAUUGUCAUUCUUUUACAACUUCUCAUGGCUCAUCUUCUGUGUUCUCAUUUUCUUCUUCUUCUUCGUUCUCAAUGGCUCAUCUGAAACAGGAGAAAUAACUCUGGCUGAGAUCAGCUAUUUUUAGCUUCUGUUUUAAAUGUGACUUGAAAACGUUGCCAAAAGAAAAAAAAAUUAGAUAUAUAAAAUAAGGCUGUGAAAAAAAUAUACAAAGAUAAUUCAUCUUAUUUUAUUUUUUUUUAUUUGAAAAUCAACCUUUAGUCUCAAUACAAAGCUGACAAUUUGUCUUCUUAUAUUGUUUGGUGAAAGAUAUUCUGUGUCAGUUUAAAAUAAUGUUCUUUUUUUUUUCAAAUCUUGGUUUACUAAACACUGACUAUCCUUUUGUUUGUUGUUUUAUUCUUUGUGAAUGGGCACCAUCUACUUUGAGGGUUUUGCUUUUAUAUGAAUUGGUUUGUUAGUAAUUUGAAAGGCAUUUGUAAAUAUUUGUUUAUUCUAAAGUUAGUUUGUUUGAUAGAUCUAGUUAAUUUUUGUUUUGUUAUUCCCCUAUUAUUUGUAAAAUCCAUGUAACAUAGGGAAAUAUAUAUAUCUGUACCUGAAAAAAGUUAUAUAUUUGACAGAGAGAGAGAAAUACAUAAUUUUGUACUUAAA